AUGGCCUUCCCGCACUUUGGACACCCGUAUGGCAGCGCUUCCCAGUUUCUGGUGUCUGCAAAUUCCAGCGCCACUUGCUGCGAAUCCUCCCCGAGCUCUGUCCCAGACGUGGCCUCCGGCUCCACCCCGGCGGCAGCUCUCUGCUUAGCACCGUACGAUAGCCGGCUGCUGGGCAGUGCGCGGCCAGAGCUGGGCACAGCCUUGGGCAUCUAUGGAGCCCCCUACGCGGCCGCUGCAGCUGCCCAGAGCUACCCUGGGUACCUGCCCUACAGUCCGGAGCCACCCGCGCUGUACGGGGCGCUGAACGCACAGUAUGAAUUUAAGGAGACUGCAGGGAACUUCACACCCAGCCUGUCACAACCGGGAGCCUACUGUCCCUAUGAGCCGACUCUGGGACAAUACCCCUAUGACCGGUACGGCAGCACUGUGGAGUUGACUGGUGCCGGGCGCAGGAAGAACGCCACCCGGGAAACCACGAGCACGCUCAAGGCCUGGCUCCAGGAGCACCGCAAGAACCCCUACCCCACCAAGGGCGAGAAGAUCAUGCUGGCCAUUAUCACCAAGAUGACCCUCACCCAGGUGUCCACCUGGUUCGCCAACGCGCGCCGGCGCCUCAAGAAGGAGAACAAGAUGACGUGGGCGCCCAAGAACAAAGGCGGGGAGGAGAGGAAGGCAGAGGAUGGGGCCGAGGAGUCGCUGGGCUGCCUACCCGGCGGUGACACCAAAGACCUCGCUGCGAGCCGGGAAGCUCGGGGAUUCCGGCUGAGUGACCUGGAGGACCUGGAGGAAGAAGAGGGGGAGGAGGAGGAGGAGGAGGAGGAAGAGGAAGAAGAGGAGGCAGCGGUCCCAGCUACGGACAGGCUCGCUGAGUUCCACAAGGACGCGCAGGCGCGGGGGACGCCUUGCGCUGCAGCUCCAAUGGGCCGGCGGGAGCGCAGGGAGUGCGGCCUGGCGGCGCCCCACUUCUCCUUCAAUGAGCCCCCGGGAUCGGGAGAAGCUGACUUCCUCCGGGCGGAGCCAGGGGCCCCCACCCUGACCACGCACUACCCCUGCAGCCAGAAGCCGCGCAUCUGGUCCCUGGCGCACACGGCCACAGCCAGCGCUGCCGAAGGGGCACGUCCCACCCCGCCCAAGCCGCGAAGCCCCGAGUGCUGCCUGAUUCUCCGACAGCCCGCAGGCCCCGGCGGGCGACCCCCGGUCCUCAGAGACUCCGCGCGCGAGGAGCCCGGCCGCGCAGCCAAAGCCUUUGGGAAGCCCCCGUUUGCGAUGCAGGGGCUGCCCCUGAGCUGCGCCCCGUGCCCGCGGCGGAGGGAGCCCGCAGGGCAGUGCCAGUACCCGUCGGGAGCAGAAGGAGCAGAGCUGCGAAAGCCAACGUCUGGCCCGGUGGGUGCCCAUCUUGCCACCUGGGAGCCCACAGAGAUAAGGAGGCGCGGUGGGGAGAUGGAGACGAAGAGGCUGCGUCCCCAGGACAUGAGGGAGCCCACCCACGCAGCCAUUCCCGAGACCCACCGCUGCUUCUCCGGUGACGUGGGCCGUCAACUUCCGAUUUUGACGUCGCCCCUGGGAGCUGAGUUGCUGUCACUCAUUGUGCAAGCGGUUCUGAUGGAUGCCAUCCAUCCCACACACUGGAUCUCUGCCUUGCCCAUCUGGAUCGGAGAUAGACACCCAUGA